GGAUUUACUCUAACUACAGACUUCUGGAUUUAAAUUGGGAAUACGCAUCGACAUGGCUACUCGCUGCGUUAGGCGUCGACUUUUGUUAUUAUUGGAUGCACAGAGCGUGUCAUGAGCAUCGCUCCUAUCGGUGUAACUCCUUCCGAGCCGCUCGGCUGUAAGCUCUUUCCUGGACCUCUUUGUGCGACGCUACAUUUCUUUUCCCAUUUAGAGAUACACGUGCUGUGGGCACAACACCAAGUCCAUCACACUUCUGAAGAUUUCAACAUGGGCGUUGGCAUUAGACAAUCCAUUCUACAAGGCUGGUGUGGAUUUAUAUUCUAUCUCCCGUUGGCGCUGGUAAUUCCCCCAGCGCAGUUUGUGAUGCACCAUCAAUUCAGCUACCUCUACAUGUUCUGGAUUCACACCGACACAAUUAAAACUUUGGGACCCCUAGAGUAUGUCCUGAAUACGCCAAGUCAUCAUAGGAUUCAUCACGGAAGCAACCCGUACUGCAUAGAUGUGAACUACGGCGGGGUGCUCAUAAUAUGGGACAAAAUAUUCAGGACAUUCAGACCGGAGAUGAAAGGAGACCGCAUAGUGUACGGUCUCAUUUAUCAACAACCGUCUUUCAACCCUUUGCACUUACAGACGUUCUAUACAAAAUACGUAAUAAGCAAAUUCAAGGGAUACAAUAAUUGGGGCCACAAGCUGAGAGCGGUACUCGAUAGGCCCAGUUGGAAGCCUGGAGUGGCUAUUCGUUUCAAGGAUAUGCCCGAAGACCCAAAAAUACAUUUACAAAUCAAAUACGACGUCGUAUUACCGAGAUGGUGCACCGCGUAUUUGUUAACACACUACAGUUUGGUUCUGUAUGGAUUUUAUCAAUUGUUUUUAGCUCACAUGGGUAUGUCACCAAUAUCAGUCCUGAUUCUGGUGCUCUACAUUCUCGGAUCUCUCACUGUCUUCGGCAUGAUCCUGGACGCUUCACCUAAAGCUCCUAUCCUAGAAAUGGCUCGCUGCGUCAUCAUGAUAUUUAUUGCUAGAUGGAUCAGUCCUUCCUGGGGAGUUGUUAUAAGUCCGCCCUUGCAAUUAUUCUACAUCUUGUCGGCACUGUUCUGGUCUCUCUUUGUCUACAAGACUGUGGAAAUCAGAGCCGUUAAAUCCUCUGAUUAGAUAAUGAUUUUUCCGUCUUACUGAUUACCGACUAGUGAUUAUCUAGUGAUUAAUUACGACAGACUUCAAACAAAUACGACAGUUUUUUUUCUUUUGCCGUGUAUUUGUGAUUGAAGAGUUGUAUUUGUGAUUUUUAUGUCUUGUUUGACUCAAAUAAAUGUAGAGUGUUUAUGUUGACUGCUUCCUGUUGUUUAGCACGUGUUCGUAAAAUGUGUUGUUUAGUAAUAUUUUGUGUGAAGGUAUAUGCAUGUCGAAUAAAACAAACC